AUGUGGGGACAAAAGGAGGAAGCCCGUAAAAUUCAUUGGACUAACUGGAAGCAUUUGUGCAAAUCUAAAUUGAGUGGAGGGAUGGGGUUUCGCUGCCUUAAUGAAUUUAAUAAAGCUAUGUUGGCCAAACAAUGUUGGCGACUUGUGAAACGGCCUCACUCGUUGAUUGCAAGGGUGUUAAAAGCCAAGUAUUUUCCUCACACUUCGUUUCUUGAUGUAUUGCUUGGAAGCAACCCAUCUUUCACCUGGAGGAGUAUAGCGGGUGCUCGACAUUUGCUUAAUGCUGGGUUGCGAUGGCGAGUGGGAAACGGUGAGAGCAUUUCGGUUAAGUCUGAUAAAUGGGUUCCCCGGCCUCAUACUUUUAAGGUCAUUUUGCCACCUUCCACUCUCCCGGACAAUGCAAAGGUUAGUGAGUUGAUUGAUUCCCAACUUGGUAUCUGGAACUCUGAGCUUCUUAAUCAACAGUUUCUGGGCGUUGAUGGUGAAGCUAUUCGAUGCAUCCCUAUCUGUCCAACAUUACCCCCGGAUAAAUUAGUUUGGCAUUUUACGCGAAAUGGUGAAAUUUCAGUGCGAUCGGCGUAUCAUUUGUGUGUGGAUAUGGGUUGCUCGGAUGGCCUUGGUGUCACCUCCGAUGAUGGUCUGUCAAAGAAGCAGUUUUGGACUGCUCUAUGGCAGUUGCAGAUUCCGACUAAAAUCAAGAUAUUUGGCUGGAAAAUGUGUCUUGGGUUGUUACCGCGGAACUCCAUUCUCUUUGAACAUAAGGUAAGAACCAUAGAUGAUGUUGUGGCUUUUGCUGAGAAGUAUGUAACAGAGAAUGCUCAAGUUCACCAAUGCAACCAAAUUCCAAUGCAUCAUCUGCGGGUUCGAAGGUGGGUUGCACCACAAGAAGGUGUGUUUAAAUUGAAUUUUGAUGGCUCAGUUCGGAAGACCCAAGCACUUGCUGGUAUUGGGAUUAUUGUUCCUGACAGUAAUGGGUUGGUUAUUGCUGCUAUGGUUGAGCAAAUUCAUUAUCUGGAAGAUGUGGAUUGUGUGGAAGCUUUGGGUGCCGUUAAAGCGCUUCAAUUUGGAUAUGACUUGGGGUUGGAUAAUAUUCAGCUUGAAGGAGAUUCUUUCAACGUGGUGUCUGCAAUUCAAGGAAAGACAGAAAAUUUGUCGUGUUAUGGUCAUUUCGUAGAUGUGGCUCAGGCACUCCUCUUGCAGUUCCAUUCCUCAUCCAUCUCGCAUGUUUAUAGAGAUGGCAAUUCUGUGGCUCAUUGUUUAAGUAGGUUAGCUUUUGAUUUUGAUUCACGUCGCAUUUGGAUGGAGGAAGUUCCUCCCUCUUUAAUGGCGUUGGUGGCUUCGGAGGCUCCCUCUUCUUUGUAA